AUGACAAUUUCAACCGAGCGCAAGAUAAUCUCAGUGGUCGGAGCUACCGGAAAACAGGGAGGCUCGGUUCUCCGAUCCCUUAUCCAGAAUCCCCAGUUUAUUGUGCGAUGCCUCACUCGAGAUGGUUCGUCGGGCAAAGCAAAGAGUCUGCGUGCGUUGGGAGCAGAAGUCGCGCAAAUGGAUGGCUUUGAUGAUGAUUCAACUUUGAGUGCGAUCUCAGGAAGUUGGGGAAUUUUCAUUAACAAUGACUAUGGAAACAAUGAGCUUGUCAGAGGUGGUCAAUAUGAUCAAGACUUUGGAAAUCGAAUUCUCCGCAAUGCCGCCGGCGCCGGUAUUCGGCAUGUUGUGUUCAGCUCCCAGCCAUCCGCAGAAGAGCUUACCGAUGGCAAAAUCCGGACACCGAUCUUAGACAUCAAGGCAUGGGGCGAAGCCUGGGGCAGAGCGAAUCCCGCCUUCACCACCUUCACACCGAUCAUGUCCUCUUGGUACAUGGAAGACUUUCUCAUGCCAGCCUUCUACCAGGGAUUUGGCGGAUUCCCGCUAGAUAAGGACCCAGAAGGAUAUCUCACAUUAAGGAGUCCGCUCAUCGGCGGCGAGGAAAACGUUCCUUGGAUCUGUAUAGAAGAGGACUUCGGCGAUCUCGUCCACGGAAUUUUCUUGAACCCACUCCGUUGGAACCGUCGCACUGUUCAGGCUGUUGGCGAUAUUAAGUCAUGGGCCGGUGUGGUGAACACUUUCUCUCAGGUCACCAAGGAACCAGCCCGAUUUAUCGGAUACGAAGAUCCAGCUGCAUUUCCUGCAUUUGACAAGCCUGAGUUAAAGGAAUCUCGAGAUGUAUUCGCAUUUUACCAGAUGCGCGAUGGUGAAAUUUUUGGUUGCGGAAUUACCGAGUCUCAAACUGCGGCUGCAUUGAAGAAAGAAGCUGUUCGCGCAAAGGGUGUUGCUGGUGCGCGUGAGUCUCUGAUGAGUUGUGCGGAAUGGUUUGCGGAUAUCUUUCCAAAUCACAAGUAG